GCGGUGAGGACUUGGCUGCCGAGGCCACCUCUUGCUGCAACAUUUUUCUCCUGAGGCUCACCUUGCACUUCCAUGUAGUUCCUAGCCCUAAGAGUCACUAGUGAGAGUGAACAAUGCGCAGACCAGCUCUGUCAUCUGAGCAAAUGCCCUAAUGCUUCCACAGACAUUUAAUUAAGCAGGAUUCCUGUCAUGCUUUUGGUGCUGGUUUUGGUACCAUCCCAGUGCCCAGAUGAACCUCAGGACAGGCUGCACCUGUACUACAGAAUGGUUUGGAAGAAAUAUCCUUGAGGAAAGGAGGUUGGUGUUUUCAUCUUCCAAGGAAUGAGGGAAGACAAUCACAGGGAUAUUCAUCCAGAGCUCCUGGUACAUAACAGUUCGGUGGGCCACCAUGCAGGAAAGUAUGCAACAUGCCUGGGGUCUCAGCAAGAUCAAGCAUUGAGGAGGGUCCCACAGCAGCACAGCACCAGGGGCUUGGCACUUCUCAUGAAUAGGGAAAGCAAUUUUAACAUACAUCUCCACCUUUAAUUCAGCGCAUCAGUUUUAGUGACAAUCAUUACAAUUGAGUUGGCACGUCUAUGAACCUGAGAGGCGUUGUCAGAAAGCGGAGAAGAGAGCACACAAGCUGAAGUCGGAGCAUUUUUUCCUUGACAGUUCAAGCACGGUGGCAGCCAGAUAGGGCUGAAAAAAAACCGAGAAGGCACUAUAGUUCCUCCUCGCUGAUCUGAAGCCUGCAAACAGAUACCAAUUCAGACAUAAAUACUUGGAGCAGCCUGGUUUCCUGGGAGGUUGUUGUAAGAGUGAGGCAUACCGAGCCCUUCUCUGAAGGUAUGCUUUUAAGAAGAGUAUUGACGAUGAGGAAGUCCCUACGUUAGUCAUUUUUUGCUAAUCCCACCGAAGAAAAUGAAGCCACACUUCAGCUUUGCCGAUCCUUUUCCCACCACUGUUGGCUGAAUGAGAAAUGGUUGUGUGAUUAUGCUGACACCCCAGCAUGCAUUUGGUAGACCUGUGGCUAACUCGUUCCCUCUCCAUGUGUCUGCUCUUACAAAGUUUUGUCCUCAUGAUACUGUGCUUUCAUUCUGCCAGUAUGUGCCCAAAAGGCUGCCUCUGUUCUCACUCUGGAGGUUUAAAUGUCAGCUGUAGCAAUGCAAACCUCAAGGAAAUACCCAGAGAUCUUCCUCCAGAAACGGUCUUACUUUAUUUGGACUCCAAUCAGAUAACGUCUAUCCCCAAUGAGAUUUUUAAGGACUUGCACCAACUGAGAGUCCUCAAUUUAUCAAAAAACGGGAUUGAAUUUAUAGAUGAACAUGCCUUUAAAGGGGUGGCAGAAACCUUGCAGACUCUGGAUUUGUCUGACAACCGGAUUCAAAGCGUGCACAAAAACGCUUUCAACAACUUAAAGGCCAGAGCCAGAAUUGCCAACAACCCUUGGCACUGUGACUGCACGCUGCAGCAGGUGUUGAGGAGCAUGGCCUCCAACCACGAGACAGCCAACAACGUCAUCUGCAAGACCUCUGUGCUGGAUGAACAUGCUGGGAGACCUUUCCUCAAUGCUGCCAAUGAUGCCGACCUCUGCAACCUUCCCAAAAAGACUACCGAUUACGCCAUGCUGGUCACCAUGUUUGGCUGGUUCACCAUGGUGAUCUCGUACGUGGUUUAUUACGUCCGUCAAAAUCAGGAGGAUGCAAGGAGGCACCUUGAGUACUUGAAAUCCCUGCCAAGCAGGCAAAAGAAACCAGAUGAAGCCGAUGACAUUAGCACUGUGGUAUAGUAUUCUGAAUACAAUGACUGCCUUUGCGAUGGAAACUAGAUUUGGAUGACACUGAAAUCAGAGGUUUACUUCUAACAUUCAUUGUAAACAUUAAGACUUUUUUUUUUUUUUUCUUCUCCUGUUUAACUGAAUUACGCCACUGUUGAGCUUUCUAACAGAGUUUUGGCUGGGUGGUAUACUUUAAUUAUUUCUCUGGUAUCCUAAAGCAAGUGAAUUAAUAUGUAAACCUUAGUUUAGACCCAUUCCACUAUUUAAUAACGAAAUUUAUUUUUUUAAUUUAAAAACCAAAUAAAAGCUUAACUUUGAACCAUGUAAAA